AUGAACGAGGUGCAAAACUUGAACCCGGCGGCAUUCAAGAAGCUCAACGACACCCCGCACAACACAUGGGCGAACUACGCUUGCAAGAACAACGUUAUCUGGGACCAGACGACGUCCAACUUUUCCGAGUCGCUCAACAAGCUCAUCGGGGAAGAGACGAGGUCAAAGUCGGUGUUGGGAUUCAUGCACGACAUCGUGCUAUUGACGGCGAGGAGGCUGGACACCGCUGCCAAGACCAAGAUCAACGAUCACAACGCGAUCGUGACUCCGUUUGCGACGGAGACCUGGGAGCAGGAGUUCGUCCUGUCCGACAAACAAGCCCGGUACCAUCGAGCGUCUUGGGUUCGGCAUGUAGUUGGUAAAGUGGAAAAUUUGGUCUUCCCGACGCCGUGUCUCUGA